AUGGACCACCUGGAAGAAGGGUCCACGUGCCUCACGAGCCCCUCGACUCUCGGCACCAAAACGGUUGCCGGAGACUGCAGAGCCGCCGCCGAUAACGUCCACCGUGCAGAUUUUUCCCACGCACACGCAAUCUUUAUCCGGCGAGGCGUGAUCGCAGCUCCAGAGGGUGAUGGAGCUCUCUCCGGUGGAUUUCAGGGCGGCGAGGGCGUCGGCGACAGUGGCGGAGGAAGCGGGAAGGUAGCUGAGCGGCGGCUUGCCAAGGCAGAGGUCGGCCACCUGAUAAGCCAAGAGCUGAACUGCCAUGCAAAGGGGGAAAAGCAAAGGGGAAAUUAUGAAGCGGAGAAGGCAAUGAAAAUGUGUGUGUCUCAGAAAGUGAAGAGUGUGAAGUGUGAAUACGAAAUUGGUGUAACGAAAUAUACGGAUUCAUACCUUGAGCUGUCUCUAAUGUCGGAAUUUGCCACAAUUAGCCACGUGGACGGUAGCAGG